AUGCCCGCCAAACCGCCCCUUGAAUUAAACCAUGAAUUGAUCCAGAAUGAGGAUCCCAACUCCAUGAUCAACUACACUGACGCCAUCGAUUACUGGCUGUCUGUGCCAGCAUCGGUAAACGGUGUCUUGGGUGGUUUUGGUGAGCAGACCCUGGUUCCAAAAGCUGACAUUGUUGGGUCUGCCACAUUCCUUCGAAAACUCCAGACAAGAAUGGAGUGUCCUCCAGGCCAAGAGAAGCUUACCAUCGACAUGGGUGCCGGAAUUGGCAGAAUCACAAGAGAUUUCCUCUGGAAGGUUAGUGAUAGAUGUGACUUGUUAGAGCCUGUAAAGCCUUUCGUGGCCCAAAUGGAGAAGGAACUUGCUAUUGUAGCACAAAAGGGUAAACUUGGAGAUAUAUAUGAUAUUGGCAUGCAAGAGUGGGAGGCAUCGCCAGAGAAAAAGGGUCGCUACUGGCUCGUGUGGUGCCAGUGGUGCGUUGGACAGUUGCCUGACGAGGAACUCGUGAAGUUCUGGGUGAGAUGUAAGGAGGCAUUGAUGGAGAACGGUACCCUUAUUGUUAAGGAGAAUAUCGCUCCUCAGGACGAUAUUUUUGAUGCUACGGAUUCAAGUGUCACGAGAACGGACGCUAAGUUUAGACAGUUGUUUGAAAUGGCUGGGCUCAAGCUCAUCGCUAGUGAUAUCCAAAAGGGCCUACCGAGGGAAUUGUACCCUGUUCGCAUGUACUGCCUCAAGGCAUUGUAA